AUGAUGGACGACGAAGACGACGAUUUCUACGAUCCCGCCGACACGGUGCCGGCUCCUCAGCAUCAGAAUGGUGCCCAGAAUCCUCCUGCGGAUAACUAUGGAGAGGAAUAUGAGGAAGAAGAGAUAGAGGUGGAUGAAGAUGAUGAUGACUUCAACAUCAUUACCGAAGCGCCCGCCGAUGCGCCACCUCCGGAAGCCCCACAUCCUCGUCAUGCCAAUCUACGCGCAGAAUCGCAACGCCCCUCGUCCGCAGAGUCUCCUCCUGCUCCGAAACCCUCCACCCCCACUCUCGCCACGCCCAAAGCUGAAUCCGCCACGCCUGUACCCGUCAGCGCAAGACCCGCUGUACCGGCUGCACCGCAAAGGCCGGGCUCUUCAUAUCCUCCAGUCCAAGUGUCCACGAUCGACGUUCAUGCCAACCCCGUCCACCCGACGACGGGCAAGCCCAUCCUACUGACUGACAUGGAUGCGGACUUUCCGGAAGACGACAAGCCGUGGCGGCGACCGGGGUCCGAUAUCACAGACUACUUCAACUACGGGUUUGAUGAGUUCACAUGGGCCAGUUACGUGUUGAAACAGCAGGAGCUGCGCAAGGAUAUCGGGGACCAGAAGAGACAAUUGGACGACAUGCAGGCUUUCCUGGGGAUGGGCAUGCCGCCGAUGGGCGGUGGUCCACCGGGGCCAGGCGUGCCUCCAAGCAGCGCGGCCCCUCCGAUGCCCGGUAUGCCCGGUAUGCCGGACAUGUCGCCGGAGAUGAUGCAGGGGAUCCUCACGAGCAUGAUGGCCCAAGGCCUGGAUCCCGCCUCGAUGGAUCCCAUGACGUUCAUGCAACAUGCUCAGGCGCUCAUGGGCGGGCAAUCCGGCGCAGGCGGCGGACAACAGGGUCAACCUGGAUUUGGGGGUCAAGGUGGUGGUCAACAGCAGAUGGGUUACGGAGGAGGUUUCGGAGGAGGUGGCCGUGGACGGGGCAGAAGAUGCACCCUCAUUCACAUCACCAUCACAAUGUCUUUCCUCCGCAACGUCAAGAACCUUGCUCCCCUCCUGGACCGCGUCCUGGUCCAGCGUGUCAAGCCCGAGGCCAAGACCGCCUCCGGUAUCUUCCUCCCCGAGAGCAGCGUCAAGGAGCAGAACGAGGCCAAGGUCCUCGCCGUUGGCCCCGGUGCCGUCGACCGUAACGGCCAGCGCAUCCCCAUGGGUGUUGCUGUCGGCGACCGUGUCCUCAUCCCCCAGUUCGGUGGUAGCCCCAUCAAGGUUGGUGAGGAGGAGUACACCCUCUACCGCGACUCUGAGAUCCUCGCCAAGAUCAACGAGUAA